AUGCUUGUUACAAAACGUUCAUACUCUUCACAACCACCAUUUGUUAAAAUAAAAACAUCAUCAGGAGAUUUUGUGGUAGAAUUAUACUGGAAUCAUGCUCCCAGAACAUGUAAAAAUUUUGCCGAAUUGGCAGGACGUGAUUUUUAUAAUGGAACUAUCUUUCAUCGUAUUAUAGCAGGCUUUAUGAUUCAGGGUGGUGAUCCAACAGGAACAGGUCGUGGUGGAACUUCAAUAUAUGGGCAGACAUUUAAUGAUGAAAUAGAUACACGCCUUAAACAUACUGGAGCAGCACCAACACAACAUCUUGAUGGUAAACAUACAAUAUUUGGUAGAGUUUGUAAAGGAAUGAAAACAGUACAAAAAAUUGGUAUUGUCAAUACUGAUAAUAAUGAUCGUCCAUUAUAUGAAGUUAAAAUUUUUAGUGCCACACCAAUAGACAAUAUGGAUGAUUAA